UCUUUAUUAUAUUCACACAGAAAAUAAAAUAAAAGUGUAGGUGAGGUGAAGGCCUGACCACUAGCAAUUAGUAUAAAGACAUGGUUAUGCUGACAAAGGUAUGAGCUGGAACUGAUUCGGAGCAUUUUUCAAGAAUCAAGAACGUAUUGUAAUUUUACAAGAGAAGGAGAAUCAUUUUAUGGAUAAGAAAGAAUCUGGCAAGGAAAUUUCUGAAGAAGUGACUCGGGAGUCACUAAUCGCCAUAUCAUACAGUGAACCAGAGAUAGAUCCUUCUGUUGAAUCUGCACCUGUAAAUUCCAACUACGAGAAUGUGGUGAAAUCUCUUAACGACGCAAGAGAUGAUAAAUUCAGGUCGGAGUUGAUCUCAAUAUCCUAUGAAGAGUCACCAGACACUGAAGUUCAACCUGGAGAGCUGAAGGGCUAACUAAUAAAUAAUUUACUGGUUUUGUAGUCCAACUCCAUGUUAAAACUCUUUUUUGCUUUUACUAUAUGUUGUUACUCAAAGAACUAGACAUUGUUUGAACUUGUAAUGUUUUCAUGUGUUACACCUUAUAAAGUCUCUUGUUGUAAUCAUUGGGGGAGGCACUUUUUACUUGGCAAAAUAGUUGUUAAUAUGUGUAGAUAAUUGUUAUAGGUUGGCAUUGCUUAAACAUAACACAAAGUAAA